CCUCCCGUCGUCAACACCGGAACAACACGUGAACAAGGGGUCAAAGGUCAGGAUGGGUCGCUCCUCCAAAGACAAGCGGGACAUUUACUACCGUCUGGCCAAAGAGGAGGGCUGGAGAGCGAGGAGCGCCUUCAAGCUGCUGCAGCUCGACCACGAGUUCAACUUGUUCACAGGUGUGAACAGGGCAGUUGAUCUGUGUGCAGCUCCUGGCAGCUGGAGUCAGGUCCUCAGUCGAAAGCUCAGAGGGCAGGAGGAGAAGAGUGAAAAGGCCGAGAAGGGCGAGGAGGUGAAGAUCGUGGCGGUGGACCUGCAGGCCAUGGCUCCUCUGCCAGGAGUCACUCAGAUCCAGGGAGACAUCACCAAGGUGUCAACAGCUCAGGAGAUCAUCCGUCACUUUGAGGGUCAGCCAGCCGACCUGGUGGUGUGUGACGGGGCUCCAGACGUAACGGGGCUCCAUGAUGUGGACGAGUACAUCCAGGCGCAGCUCCUGUUGGCUGCUCUGAACAUCACAACUCACGUCCUGAAACCUGGAGGGACGUUCGUGGCCAAGAUCUUCAGAGGUAAAGACGUGACUCUGCUGUACUCGCAGCUGAAAAUCUUCUUCAGUGGUGUGACCUGCGCCAAACCUCGCAGCAGCAGGAACUCCAGCAUCGAGGCCUUCGUUGUCUGUCAGAAUUACUCUCCUCCUGAAGGUUACGUCCCCAACAUGUCCAACCCGCUACUGGAUCAUUCCUACGAUGUCGACUUCAACCAGUUGGAGGGUCCAAACCGCGUCAUCGUUCCCUUCCUGGCGUGCGGUGACCUCAGUGCCUUCGACUCAGACAGGACGUACCCUCUGCAGCUGGAUGCUGGUAAACAGUACCAGUACACGCCCCCCACCCAGCCGCCCAUACGGCCCCCCUACCAGCAGGCCUGCCACCUCCGCAAAAACAACCUGCUGUCCAAAGAAGAUGGCGACCGUCCCGACCAGAGCCGAGACAAGACGGAUCCACCGACCGAGUCCACCUGACAAAAGAUAAAGACCUUCAGGAACACUAAAGGAACAGUGCGGCAUUUUGGGAAUGUCGGUUUUUUUUUUCUGCCUGAUAAGAAGAUGGAAAACCAGUUUCACUUCUGUGCACCCAGUACAGAGUUUAGCUUAGCUUAGCACAAAGACUGGAAGUAGGGGGAAAUUGCUAGCCUUGUGCUAAGCUAAGCUAAGCUAAGCUAACCGUGCUCUGACUGAUCGCUGUACUGGAUGUUAAUCGGAGUAUUUUUUACUGUUUUGUCUAAUUAUAUGUGGAAUGUUUUACGACCGAGCCUUCGUGCAUCAGGCUUGAAGCGUUGUAAACAUUUUAUAUUUUAAAAUUAAAAGUCAACAUUUUGGUUCACAUGAA